UAUAAUAGUUUAAAAUUUUAUUAAACAAUAGCGAUCAUAGUCUAGUCACCUAGUACCUGAAAAUAAACAAUAUGGCGGAUGAAACGUAGAAAAUCUCUUUGCAGCCUCAGGAAAUACAAUUUUCGACAUCAAAAUGGUUAAAAUUGAGGGAGAAGUAUAUCCACUACUUACCACGGAUUGGUUAGGAACUCCAACAUAUAGACAGAAACCUGUUGCAAGGUACACACGUCAUGAUGACACUGACGAACAGGUACAAGUUUUCGAGGAUGAUGAAGAAGUCUUUGAUAUUAUUGACCAGAAGAAGAAACGAAGUGUGAACAAGGUUUGGGGAGAUGUGUUUCUUCUAGCGCUUGACUUUCUUCAGAUAUUUGCCCUGAUACAAUCCAUGUCAACCAGAUGGUUGUUUCCAGAAAAAUGGCUACGCAAAACAUACUGGGUGUUUGGUUUUAAUGCAGAUGCUUGGGAGAUAGUAAAGUUCACAAAUGAAUCAGUGUAUCACAGCGUACAAGGGGCGGAUAUAGCCAGCAGCAAGGUACCUCUAUCAUACGAAUACAUUGUCUUUGGCUGGUUUGGAUUGUUUGGAGCACUGACUAUCAGCUAUGGGGCACUUCAUUUGAUAAUGUGGCGUUUCUUCUACCCGCAGACUAGACAAAGAAUGAUCAUGUCUUGGAUCCAGUACUUCACAGUGAUAGUUAUCCACAUCCUGUCAUUUCCCUUUGGCACUGCCCUCUUCAGGGUAUUUCAGUGCGAAGGAGAGUUUAACAAAGUCUACACUGUCAACGACUACGGUUGUUUCAGCUCUCAGCACUGGAAACUUGGAGCUCCUGCCUUACUGAUGCUGAUUGUGCUGUUUAUUCUUUAUCCAGCAUUCCUCAUCAUCAAGAUCAGACGGGAAGGAAUGACGGGAACAUCCAAGGGUUACUUGUCAUUCAUACUGAUGAAAGAAACCGAGUAUAAGAUCCAUCUGAAUCGAUCUUGGCUGCAUGAUUCCAUGUGGAUAUUUUCCUCCUUCAAGCAUCGGGGUCGCUACUAUUAUUCAGCUCUGCUGGUAGCAAAACUUUUGCUGCUUAUCAUAUUUGUUGCAGCGUUCAAUAACAUCAAGAUCCAGUCCAUGGUCACGGCCAUAUUUCUUCUGGUAAUGUUCCUUUCGGCCGUCAUUGUGAGACCAUUCCGUCUGACAAGCUGCAACGCUUUCCUUGCCUUUAGCAUUCUUUGUAACCUUGGAAACGCAUUCGUGGGAUCGUUGCUCUCUAACUACAACUCCUACACCACACCUUCCGCAUGGCUGACUCCCAAUUACAUCAUCUGGUUCAUUGGGAUCAUUCAAGUGAGCUGGCUCGUAUCGCUGAUUUCCUUAUUAGUGUACCUUGUGUCCCGGACGCUCUGUCACUCCACCAAGUCCUGCUACAAGAGACCGGUGUGGCCAAACAUCGCUAGCUCAGGAGAGGGCUACCUCACCACAGAAACAAAGAAGUUCAUGACAGCCAUCAUCAAGGCCAAGAUUGCACAUGAAAAUAUCCAGCGAGUGCCUGCGAUAUUUGCCCCGGUUCAUGAGCUGGCCCGACACAUCCACGUGAUCAACACGUACUGCAGAGAGGCGGAGUAUGUCAGGGACCCUCUGCACCUUGUGCUGUGGGAAAUACUAGACGACCUGGUCGAGUCGCACGCAAAUCUGUCACCAAAGUCACUGUUUGCAGAUAGUGUCAAGAAAUCGAUACGUCGCACAGCAGCUGAAUUCAUGAAGCUGGCACCAAUGUUCAGUCAGCGUCUGGCUCAACGAGACUUUGACCUGAUCCUGGUGCCACCAGUCAGGAGACGUCUGCUACUGAAGAUGUACAUCCUUGGUGUAUUCCUGAACGGUCGCUCUGAGAGAGUUGCCAAGCGUAACCUGCUCCAGCCAGCCACGGAGAAAGUGUGGCCCUCUCUACAAGCAGACAGGCUGUUUGAAGAGGAAGAUGGCUACUUUGAGGACCUCUACCCCGCCCCUAUCGGUGGCAACUACUCGGACGAUCUUCUACAGGUCAUCAAUGAAGACUCUACUGAUGCAGAAUCCACAGAGGAAGAGGACAAUGUGCAGGGCAUGCUGAGGAAACUACCUGAGGUUGGACUCAUUGACUUGGAGACGCCCACAAUAGGGGGCGUGGCUGAAGAAUUGGACUCUGAAGAGGAGGUCCCGGUGAAACUGCCAGGGGGCAAGCAGGGCGCCAGCUUUGGUCACAUGAAACCUGUCAAUCUACAGCCUCUGAGAUCAGGCUCAGCCUCUUCCAUUAGAAGCACCGAGUCGGUCCCCCCUCCUGUCAGACCCGGGUCGGGUGCUUCAAGCUUGUUUGGCUCACAUGCCUCCCUGCGCCGCGACGUGAUGUCCCCACAGCUACGCAACAUGACUUCGCCUCUUCAACAGGGCCCGGGCUCCAAUGGCUCUGGGCGCAGUCUGUCGCCGGUCGCACCCCCUGGGUCCUCUGCCUCUCAGCACAGCGGCCGGGGACCGUCACCAGUGCGACCAGCGUCAGGGAGUUCAGUGAUCAGCAGUCAGCCCAGCAGACCAAUGUCAGCUGACUCGGGCAGGGAACCGGAUAUGGCCGCCAUCAACCCGGGCUACGUACCAGACCCAGAGGAGGAGAGUAUUCAGGGGAGACAACUUGUGGCUGAGAGAGCAGAGGAAAACAAUCCAGCCUUUAAUGAGGAUUAUGAAGAAAGUCAGGAAGAAGAAAUAGCUGAAGUGGCUACAUCUGUGUCUGAUGACAAGAAAGACAAGAAGAAGAAGAAGAAAACCAAGAAGACCAAGAAAAAGAAGAACACAGAUUGAGAUCCAAUCUUACAUAAAUCCAAUCAAAAAAAGACUGUUGUUGGAAUGUGAAAGGAGUUUCCAAUUUGAUGCAAUUAAAAACAGAACGAAUUUUAAGGAUAAAAAUGUUGUUUAUUGUUAUAGAUUAGGUAUACAACAAGAGCACAAUGAUAAUCUAUUUUUAUUUUGUAGUUUUUAAUUUGUGUACUAUAUGAAUGUGUUAAUCUUUUAAAUCUAAAUGUACUAUCAAAACAACAACAACAACACACAAUCACAAUAAUAGGAGUUUGUUUGAACACUGUGGAAAAUGUGUUUUUUUAUGAAAAUAUCACUUGUUGCAGUUUUAAAUUAGAUUUCUGCACCUAUCUAAAAACUGUUACAAUAUGUUAGUCAUUCUCUCUAUACAAAACUGCACUUAUCAUAUGUUUACAGCAAUCUUUGCUCAACAUUUCAUCUUGUAGUGUACAUGUAUGAUAAAUAUUAGAUACAUAUCAGUAAAUGACAUUAUUUACUGAAGUAAAGUGUACAUUUUGAUAUCUGUGAUUCAAUACUUAAAAGAGAAAAGUUGCUGUUAAACUGUCAAGAAUUAGUAAAAUGAUGUGUAGAGUUGCACACACUUGGCGUAUCUUUUUGCUGGUACUCUAUAGAGAGGUUGUGAGAUUAUAAAUCAUUUAAAAGCACUUUUGAAUGGAAACAAUAAAGGUAAACAGUACUUUUGUCACUUUGAACGCUUGCCAUUCAAUACAAUUUUGCUGUGAUUUUUUUUGCUAUGUAUCAUCUUGUUCUUUUUGUAUGUAAAACUUGAUUUUUUAAUGGUUGUAUUUUAAGGUCAUUUACUUAUUUUAUUCACAUGUUUAUCUGCAUAUAACCUAUUUUCAGUCUUUACACUGACACUGACUAAUGAAAAAACUAAAUUCUGCGAAUGUAAAAUAAUUCCAUAACAAAAAUGUGUAUGCAUUCUUUAAUACAUGCAAUACAAACUAAUAAUGUUUAGCAAGGUUUUAGAACUUUGUGAUUGUAUUGACUUAAUUGAUAACAUUCAGUUUUAUAGCAUUAUUGUUCCAUCUAUAUUAUUUUAAAACAUCUGAAAUUACAUUUGAUUAUUUUAAUGAAUUUGCAAGAUGUUUAAGUUCUGAUACAAAUCAGAAAUAUACAGUUACAUUAUGUCUGUAUUUAAUAAUCCAGUUGUGAAUUUUAAUGUAUAAAAAUGAUCUUAUGUUUAACUUUUGCCUCUGUCUUAUACUUGUUUGUCUGUGAUACUGCUGUAUGUUUUGAUUACUGAACUUGAUUGGUUGCUGAUUUGUCCACUGCUUUAAGUAUUAUUCAAAUGUUUAAUAUAAAAAAAGCUUUUUUUAAGCUCAAGCUUAGGUAGAUUGAAAGUGUUAACUUGAACUUAGUCUCCCAUUAUUCCAUUAAAGAAGAAAAAGCUGUUUUAUGUAGCAUGGAAUCAUUCAGUACAAGAACAAUUCUGUCAAUCUAAAGUAGUUUAUAAUUUGGAAAUCAUAUCAAAUUAUCCAUUUUACAUAAGUUUGAAAAAAAAAUUAUAAGAAAAUGUUUUAUUGACACAAAGCCUGCCAGUAUUACAUCAGCUUAAUGAAAAAGCUUAGUGUGCUUUGAUCUUGUUAUAAAGUAAAAUUUUACAAAAAAAAUUUGUAACUUGCUGUAACAUUAUCUAUUUUUGCCUGUUUAUGUCCGUCCGUUCUGAAGCAAUAUGCAUUAAACUUGUGAUAUUUAUAUUUGUGCAUUAAAAAAAUGCAUUUAUUUAGCAUUUAAAUUUUUAGAAUUUACAUUUACUGUAAUUAUAUAUUUUUUGAAAAUGCAAUGUAAUAUACUAUCUUCAGCACUGAUACUUUGUUACCAUAAUUUAUGGUUAUACUGUGUUGUAGUAUUAAUAGUUUAAUGGGUUAUAGUUUACAAAUCUUCUUUAUUUAAAGGAGGGUUACUUUAUAUAUAUUUCUUUAACAUUUUAUUAUAUUUUUCUUUAUAUUAUUAUAUUAUAAUUUAUGCAGAUGGUCAAGAAAAAAUUGAUGAUUACAAACAAAUGUGAAUCAUAUAAAAUAUUUUUAUUGAAUUCAAAAAUAUUAAUUAUUUACAAAGAAUUGUAGUUGUAAUAGUUCACCGUGUUAAAGGUUGUCCUACUAAAUGAAGGUCAUAUUUUAGAUUUAGUUCAAAGCUGUAUUAAAUCUGUUAAAAAUUGAGGUUAAUUUAGCUCUAAUUCUAAUAUUUCUCCCUAAUCUUUAUUAUAAUUUUUAUAUGAUUUAUGACAAACUUUACAAUAAAAACUAAUUCAUUUAAAUUUAUCUAAAUUUUAAUAGUGGACAUCCACUUGGUGCUUUUUUUUUGUUCCUUUCCUGACUGACUUGACAUGCGAAAUAAGUAUUUUAACAAGAAAAAAUCCAAUAAAAUAUUUUCAGGACUAAUAGAAGAGACAAUUAAUAUAUUGAUGUAUAAAUGAGUGCACAAAGUUAUAUGUUUACUAAUAUGGCUAUUAUUGUUUUAAUAUUUUGACAAGACAUGGCAGGACCAUGCGGGUGUAGUGUUUUUUUUUGACAUUCUUAUGUGAUAAACUAACCAAGAACUUUAUCUGUUGUAGAAAAUAAAAAUCUUGAAAAGUCAA